ACUAGACUGCAUCGUGACUUCCGAUCAGCUGACUGCAUUUGUAGAAGUCGGUUCAUCUUCGACCUUCGUCUCGGUUAAUUCCUCCGGUUCCAGCCCCGGUUCCAGUUCCGGUUCUAACGCCGCAGUCCGCAUCUCCUAUCCCGGUCAUGGCGAGUCAGUCUCAGGGGAUCCAGCAGCUGCUGCAGGCCGAGAAGAGAGCGGCCGAGAAGGUGGCGGAGGCCCGCAAACGUAAGAACCGGCGUCUGAAGCAGGCGAAGGAGGAGGCCCAAGCGGAGAUCGAACAGUAUCGUCUCCAGAGGGAGAAGGAGUUUAAGACCAAAGAAGCUGCCGCCCUUGGUUCCCAUGGUAACAGUGCUGUGGAGGUGGACCGUGACACCGUAGAGCGGAUGGCCCAUAUCCAGGCUAGUUACCGCGGUAACAGGGAGGCGGUGCUGGUCGAGCUGCUGCGACGCGUCUGUGACAUUAAGCCGGAGUUUCACGCCAACUACCGCGUGGCAGGCUAAGGGGUGGAGCUACGGCCAGAGGGGGUGGGGAAACAUGGGAUAUUAGGAUGUUGGCUUAUUGGCUUUGUUGGCGUGUUUUUGCUUAAAACUAAUUUCUGCUAAACACCAGCAAAAUAUCAAAGCUUUUAUUUUGAAAGUGAAGUUGUUUUCCUGCUCCGGUCAAAAAUGGGAUCGUAAAUAAAUGUUGGUGUUACAGUGUUGAUGUUUACGAAGUAUUUAUAUAUAUAUAUAUCAGCAUUAAUGUCUUUGUUUUGCUUUUUUUUUUUUUAAAUCUUUCCUGAACCUAACUUAAGUUUUUCUUCACUGUAUCUUUGUCAAGAGAGAAAAUAAGCCGAUCAGGUGUCAGAUUAAAUAAAAUCAAAUGGCAAUGAUAUCAUAUUUGAUCUUGCUGAUUGGCUGUCUUUCUCUGAGUGUGCUCCCAUGCUCUCUGUCCUGAUUGGCUGGAAAGUGGAAAGGCUUUUGCUAGUCCGAUUCCACAUUUUUUGUGUUGCUUCCUGUGUAAUUAUGUGACUUCCUGUUGAUGUUUGUGAACUGAUGAUUAAAAUGCAACAAAAAAUAAACUAUUAAAUUGGA